CACUCAUUGCUUUGUCCUUGUCUUUUCCCAGCAGUUGCCUCUGGCCUUCAACACCACAUACAGUCCAUCCAUGAAUCAGAAUUCCACGGCUGCAAGUCAAUACCCAACUCAAUUAUUAAGCGAUCCUCACUAACUUCUCUAACUUUCAUGCAACAAAAAUACGUCUCUUUUCCGCAUACUUCAAUCUCCAUUUUUUAUUUCUCUCUUUCUUUCUUGAGCAAAACAAUCAUGUCUGUUGUUGGGGAAGCUGCUCUCACAGCUUUCUUUGAUGGGUUGUUUGGCAAGUUAUCCUCUUCUGAUUUCCUCGACUUUGUCACUGACAAGCAGGUCUUCGAGGAGAUCAACAAGUGGGAAAAGAUGCUGCGGGAUAUCCGUGCCGUGCUUGAUGAUGCAGAGGGGAAGCAGAUGAAGGAUCAGUAUGUGAAGAACUGGUUGGCCGAUCUUCAAGACUUGGCUUACGAUGUUGAUGACAUUUUGGACGAGUUUGCCACUGAAGCUUUGGGGCGCAAGUUGACAUCCUUGGAGGAACCUCAAGGCAUCAAAAAUAAGGUACAAAAGAUCAUUCCUACUCGUUUCUCUCCAAAAACUUUCAUGUUUAAUAAGAAGAUGGUGUCCAAGAUUAAAGAGAUCAGUGCUAGAAUAAAUGAUUUGGCCACAAAAAGAACUCAAUUGGAAUUGCGAGGCAUUAAUGAGGGAUCAAGGUCCGAUAGAAUGAUACAAAGGCUUCAGCCUACUUCUUUGGUGGAUGAAACUCAGGUGUACGGUAGGCAAGAAGAAAAGGCAGCAUUACUUGAAUUGCUUUUGAGCAAUGAUGGCACUGACAAUGAAGCUUCUGUGAUUCCCAUCAUUGGCAUGGGAGGAAUUGGCAAGACAACUCUUGCACAACUUCUCUACAAUGAUACUCGUAUAGAGAAUUCUUUCGAGUACAAGGCAUGGGUAUGCGUUUCUGAAGAUUUUGAUGCCGUUGGCAUAACAAAGAGAAUUCUACGGUCAAUCACUCCUGGUUGUUGUACCGAUGACAAUGAUCUCAAUUUACUUCAAGUCGAGUUGAAGAAGAUGCUGGCCGGGAAAAAGCUUUUGCUUGUCCUGGAUGACAUCUGGAACGAUAAUUAUCUGGAGCUGACCAACCUACUCUCUCCAUUUGGAGUUGGAACCAAAAUUCUCGUCACAACACGGAGUCACGAUGUUUCUUCUAUUAUGGGCACUGUUGAAGCUUACCCACUACAACAGUUAUCAGAGGAGGAUUGUCUAUCUGUAUUUUCUCAGCAUGCAUUAAGAGCAAAUGAUUUUAGUGGGCAUCCUGAAUUAAAAGAAGUUGGGGAAAUUAUAGUGAAAAAGUGCAACGGCUUACCUUUGGCAGCUAAAGCCAUCGGUGGUUUACUACGCACUAGACUGGACUAUGAGGCAUGGAAAGGUAUAUCAGAAAGCGAGAUAUGGGGCAUACCAGAAGAGAAAUGUAGCAUAAUUCCUGCUUUACGAUUGAGCUAUCAUCAUCUUCCUUCACAUUUGAAACGAUGCUUCGGAUAUUGCUCUAUACUCCAUAAGGAUUAUGAAUUCGGGGAGGAGGAGAUAAUCUUGUUAUGGAAAGCAGAAGGUUUUCUACAACCAGCAAGCCCUGGAACUCAACUCGAAGUUCUAGGUAGUCAAUAUUUUCGAGAUCUAGUAUCAAGGUCAUUUUUUCAAACAUCUACUAGGAACAAGUCUCGAUUUGUAAUGCAUGAUCUUGUCAAUGAUCUGGCUCAAGCGGUUGCAAGGGAAAUAUGCUCCAAAUUGGAGAAUGAUAAACAGUUGAGAUUUUCGGAAGGUACUCGACAUUCAUCUUAUGUUUGUGGUGAGUUUGAUGGAAUGAAAAAGUUUGAAGCCUUCAAUCGAACAAAGCAUUUACGAACCUUUCUACCGUUGUCUGGAUCGUCGUGGGCAUGCGAAGGUAAUUGUUAUCUAAGUAACAAUGUUCUCGUUGAUUUGCUGCCCAAACUUCGAUGCUUAAGAGUUCUUUCUUUGAAAGGGUAUCACAUCAUUGAGUUACCAAACUUUUUUCAAAACUUAAUACAUUUGCGCUACUUGGACUUUUCUCAUACUAGAAUUACAAGCUUGCCUGAUUCAACCUGCACCCUUUAUAAUUUAGAAACUUUACUAUUAUAUGGGUGUAGAUUGCUUCAAAAUCUACCCUCAAAUUUACAAAUUCUAGUCAAUUUGCAUGUUCUCGACAUCACUGAUACGUCUUCAAUGAAAGGGAUGCCGUUUGGAAUUGGUAACUUAACCAAUCUUCAAAGAUUAUCUGAUUUUGUUUUAGGCAAAGGUGAUGGAUAUCAUAUACAAGAGAUGAAGAAUUUGUUAAAUCUCAAAGGUAAGCUUUGUAUCUCAGGGUUAGAGAACAUUGUUAAUGCUCAAGAUGCAUGGGAGGCUAAGUUAAUAUAUAAGUCAGGCCUUGGCGCAUUAGAACUAAAGUGGAGCAGAGAAUUUGAUAAUAAUAGAAAUAAAGAAGUUGAAGAAGAGGUGUUGAAUUUGCUUGAACCUCAUAAAAAGCUUGAAGAGCUCUUCAUCCAGGAUUAUGGUGGUACAAAAUUUCCGAUUUGGAUGAAUUUUUCAUUACAAAAUUUGUCGUCUUUGGUUCUCAAGGGUUGUAAAAAUUGUGUAUCACUGCCAUCACUUGGAAAAUUACCGUUACUGAAGAAGCUUUCUAUUGUUGGAAUGGAUGAGUUAAAUAAGGUUGGCAUUGAGUUCUAUGGGGAGAAUCAAUCAAACGCAUUUGCUUCGUUACAGAGUUUGAGCUUUGAGCAUAUGCCAAGAUGGAAGGAAUGGGACUUGGUUGAUGAGCAAGGUGUGAAAUUCCCUAGCCUCGUCGAGCUUUGCAUCAGUGACUGCCCUCAAUUGUUGGGAACGUUGCCUAACCGUCUUCAUUCCUUAAAGAAGCUCGCAAUAAGGUUCUGUAGACAAUUGGUAGUUUCACUUUCAAACCUUCCAAAGCUGUCUAAAUUGCAAAUAUGUGAGUGUGCGGAGUUGGUGCUGAGAGAUGAUGCAGACUUUCUCUCAAUAAAAGAAGUCCGUCUUUCAAACAUUGGAAAGUUUUCUACUCCAACGGAAAGGCUGGUAUCAACAUCAACAACAUUGAAGCAUUGUGAUCUUCCUGAUUGUGAGGGAUUGACAUAUUUAUCGCUAAAGAUGUUGGGACUGUUGGGAUCUGUCCGUAAAUUGGAAAUUUUUGAAUGUCCACAACUUGUGUUGUUAGAGCCAGAUGAGGUAGAGGAGGCAGAAGAGGAGCUGUUUCAAGUUGGGAAUCUUUGCAAUAUUGAAUCUUUGAGAAUAUGGGAAGCUGGUGUCCAGAUGGACUCUUUGAGAAUAAGAAAGCAUUUUCUCCCAUUUCUUACAGAGAUGGAAAUUGAAGAUUGCCCAAACAUAGUUUGUUUUGCAAAGAACAACUUACCCCCGCUUUUGAAAAAGUUGGAGAUUGCAAAUUGCAAGAAUUUGCGAUGUUUGGUGGAUGAAGGAGAAAAUAUAAGCAUCACUAACAUAUCUCUUCUUGAGCAUUUGAAUAUUAUUCGCUGUCCAUCUCUAAUAUCAUUAUCAUUACCUGUUAAGCUUCGACGUCUUUAUCUUCGGGGUUGCUUAAAGCUAGCUUCCUUAUCAGAAAGUGGCAAGUUACCCAUAGGGCUUAAAGGGCUUUACCUUUCUUUCUGCCCAGAGCUCGAAUCCAUUGCAGAAGUAAUUGACGAAAAUGCUUGUCUUGAAUCUAUUAGCUUCUGCAAUUGUGGUAUUAAAUCUUUACCGCAAGGAUUAGACAAGCUCAACCAUCUUCGGAGUAUUGAAAUAAAUAGAUGUUCAAAUCUAGUCUCGUUGGAAGGGUUUUUGCCCACCACCAAUUUGACUAACCUUUGGAUCUCUGAAUGUGAAAAUUUGCGAGCCCUGCCCAAUUGCAUGCCCAACCUCACGUCUCUUCGAGAAUUGACGGUUUGGAAUAAGUCAGGUGAUCAGAUAUCCAUUCCAGAAGAGGGUAUCUCUGCCAACCUCACAUCACUUAAAAUCUCAGUACCAAGAAAUUAUGAGUCUCUAAUUAAGUGGGGAUUGCAUAGACUCACCUCUCUUAAAACACUUGAUAUUUCUGGGAGAGGAUGUCCGAAUAUGGUGGCGUUCCCACCAGAGGAGAUAGGAAUGAUGCUGCCUCCCGCUCUCAUGAAAUUGAGCAUUAAAAAUUUCAAAAAUUUGAAAUGCCUAUCCUCCAAAGGCUUUCGAAACCUAACCUCUCUUCAUCAUUUGUCCAUCUCCUCUUGCCCUAAGCUCACAUUUCUUCCUGAAAAAGACAUGCUUCUCUCACUUUUGAAGUUAUGCAUUGGAGAUUGUCCAUUGCUAGAGGAAAAGUGCAAAAGGGGCAAAGGACGAGAGUGGUCCAAGAUAGCCCACUUACCUUGCAUUAAAAUUGAUGUGUGAUAGUAAAGCGAAAGUCACAGGCAGUUUAAAAGCUUUAGAAGGAAACUUGGUGGGAAACUAGGCUUCCCACCUUUUCAUCUAAAUGGCAGAAUCAGUGUGUAAUUAAUUGUUGACAUAUGAAAAUGCUGCAGAGGCUGACGAAUGGAGCGGCAGAAACCUGAACAAGAAUCUGAAUAAGGGAAGAAUGAAUUCUGGCCUUCAAAGGUGGUGGAUAUCAGAUAUGAGAGAUGAAGAAUUUGCGGAAUCUCAAGGGUGAGAUUUCUAUUUUAGGGUUGCAGAGCAUUGUUAAAGCUCAAGAUGCAUGAGAAGCUAAAUUGAUUGAUACUUGGGCCUCAAUGAGUUAGAAGUGGAUUGCAACUUUUGACAACAAUGCAAGAAAUAGAGAAGUUGAAGAAGUGGUGUUGAACUCGUUGAAUUAUGGCUGUCUUUGCUGCAUUGCUGCCACAGGGGAUUAGUUUCUACACAUUUGGAAACCAGCUUGGUUGGAUUUAGGAUCAUACCGGCAAUUAGAAAAUGAUCACUGUUGGAAUCUCUUUGCAUUGAAGGAAUGGUUAGGGUGAAUAACAUUUGUGAAGCAAUUGGGAUCGCUUGGGAGCCUAAUGUCUGUCCCUUGGCUGAGAAUUUUGCAUUGUUCACAACUUGUACUUGUAUCAUUAGAGCCAGAGGAAGCAGAAGAGGAGUAUUUGCAACUCGACAGGCUUUGCAAGUUUGAAUGCCUAACAAUUACGAAAUGUGAAUGACUUCAAAGGCUACCAAAGGUCUCGCAUUUGGUCAUGUUCCUUGCAGAUAUACAGAUUGCCAGUGCCCAAGAAUGGUUUCUGUUUUAACGAAUGACCUACCUCCGACUUGAAGAAGAUUGACGAUUGAAGAUUGCAAGAAUUUACCAUGUUUGGUGGAUGAAGAAGAAGAUACUAGCAGAACUUCACCUCUCUCAAGGCAUUGACGUUGGUUGGCUGUUCAGCUGACAUAUCCUUUCUAGAAUAGGUUUUCCCUACCAACUUAGCAUCACUUGACAUCACAGCACCUGCAUAGACUCAGCUUUCUAAAAAACUGUCUAUUAAUGGUGAAGAAUGUCUAGAAGUGGUUUUGUUUCCACAAUAGGAGAUAGGAAUGAUACUGCCUCCCCCUCUCAGCGAUAUCACCAUAAUUUUGAAAACCUGAAAUAUCUAUUCUCCAAGGGCUUUCAAAGCCUCCCCAUCUGGUAGUCUUCAGAGAUCAGUGAUUUCUCUAAGCUCACAUCUCUUCCAUUAAGAGACAUGCUUCUCUUGCUUGGUCAUCUUCAGAUUGAUGAUUGUCCUUUGCUAGAAGAACGAUGCAAAAGGGAUAAAGGACAUAUCUUAUGUUCAAAUCAAUAAUGAACAAAAUUAUCCCAAAGAAGUUGAAAUCUCGAAAUUGAAAGCAAAAGCCACAUUUCAGGAUUGAAAGCUACAAAGUGUAGUUGGUAUAUAUAGCUCCAUUCAAAGAUCAGAUAUCUCAAAAAACCUCUUGCCGUGAAUUUGCUGAUUCGUCAUUUAGACUUAUGAAACUGUUAAAAAGAUCAAGGAUGAAGAGGAGUGUGUCCCCACCAACUGAAUGUUACUUUGGAUCUCUGCUGCUAAAAUCUGUAUACCAUUAUUACAUCGGGGAGUGCGUAUACAAAUCUGUCAUGGACAACUUCCCAUUGGUGGUACUGAUGCAGCCGACCAACUUUCAAACUUUCCUUGUCAUCGGGAAGUUCCCAAUUUGGAAUAGUAGCACUACAAGAGCUUUCAGAACCUCUCCUUGCUCAAAGAAGUCUGAACAUGAUUAGGAAACACUGAGGAUGAAUUCAGCAUCCAGUUGUAAUCUAUUGGCCAUAAAAUCAAUGCAAUGCAGAGUGAAUCUUCAAUGCCUCCACAUGAAGCAAAAUGUGUCACUAGUGGCAGCACCCGGUAACAUACAUCGUUGCAACAUGUCACCACCAAAAGAGCGAUUGAUGUCAUUGACAGUCAAGGUUUUCUUUUCUAAUACUAUGAAUCAGUUGGGUAAGAGUAAGUUUUUAGAAAAUUUGCUUCAUUUAUCAUUUCUCUUUGCAAAAAAACUUGUUAAAAUUCAUCAGUAGUAUCAUGACUAAUAGAUUCACACCGAUCCUGUAAUAAAUUUCAUAGAUAGACUUUGUAAUGUGCCAUACACUAGUUGAGCUUUCAGUUUUCUUUUUUCUUUUUCAUUAUUAUGCUCUUUAAAGUUUGUAUACUAUUGCAUUGGACCUUCAGAAAGGAUUAAUUUUCUUGUGCUUUUGAAUUGAGAUUAUGAGAUGUAUAAUAGAUUCAAGCUAAAUGUUAAUCUCUUUUUCCUACUCUUCCUCCUUUCUCCGUGUCCUCUUCUUUGGCAAAUAAAGAGAUCCACCAGAGUUCAAUACAAGAAAGGAACUGAAAAUUUUUAUGGCUUUCCUCUGAUGAUGUUAAGCCAUAAGCUUCCACCCAUUGCAGCAUGAGCAGGCCUUAAAUCUUCUUUUCUUGCUGAUAGCAAUCUAACUUCUCUGUUACUUGACUGUGGCCAUGCUUAAAAUUUCUGCAGAUGAAAACACAUUUUUUCCUUUUGUUGGAUAUGUGCAGUGCAUGCCUUCAUUUUUUCAGAAGGUGUUUGUCUUUGUUAUCAAUUGGGCCAAAAAGGAGUGUUACAAUGGUAGACGAUAGUUUUUACACAAGAGUUCUACCAAUGUUUUUCUCUGUUGGUGCCUCAUCCUUAGUUCCUUGUAAGUCUCACGAAUGGCUGGGAAUAGGUAUGUUGUUUUAUUGUUUUUUGACUAAAAUUGCAACUCGAUGUCAUAGCCUUGCCCCUGAGAUAGAAUGUUACACAAGGGUUCCACAUUCUGAAGCCAUCCUUUUGUGAAACUUCAUGCGCAGCAUCAACGGUGCAUAAAAGAUAUUAAAAAAUAUAAAUAGGGUCACAAACUCCGACAUUUUGAAGCCCUUUUUCUUCUAGUGCAUGCCAGAACCAAAGAAGCUGAAGAUCAAGUUUCCUACUAGUUUAGUGUCAAUUUUUUAUGUUAAUAGUUAUUCUGUUUUUUCUUCUUGGUAUUUUGCAUACAUUCAUUAUUAUUGACAAUUUAUUAUUGGGAAUUACUCAUGUGUGUUCUGGCUGUUUUCAUAAUAGCUCCAGCUUCCAAAAUGUGAAAUUGAAAAGCAAACUGCUUCAAAUUGUUCGUAUUUGCAGUUUUGUAAAACUUCUUUUUUCUUUUAAUUCCUUUUGUGCUUCAGCAUUUAUAGGUUCUUUUGGCUGUUUUGAAUGGGACUGAGCUGAUGGAGGCUGUCAUAAUGAUAUACCUAUUGAGGAGAUCAAAGCCAAUGUGGCAGGAUUCUGUCAAGAAGAGGCUUUGCUUCGAUGCCUGUGACAGUGCCAAGAUUGUUGCUGAUGCUGUUAUCUCUGAUUUCAAUGAAGUCCUGGAGGCUGUUGCUCGUUAUCCAUCAUUUUAUGGAGCAAUUGAUGGGUUGUGCAACAACUACUGAGGCAAGACUAAAGCAGAAUGGAUUGUUGUGACAAAUUAUUGACCUGGCACUAACGUGGAGUUUUCUGCAGCACUAAUUCAUGGGAUAUAAAACACUGAUGAAGUCUCUAGGCCACUUGUACCUACUUUCACUGCAUUAUUUUUCUUAUACAUUCUUUUGGGGAAAUGAAAAGGGGGUGAGAGGGGGGAUGCUAAUUGGUAUAUCAAUAAAGUUUAUCACUGUUUGCUACAGGAUACUUAUUUGCGUUCAGGUGAUGCGUCCUAACCAGGUAAUGGGUAUGCAAUCAGGGAGCUAAUCUCUACGAUCCAAACACAGAAAUUCAAUUAUAGCCAACUGGUCCUGAGAAAGGGAAAUGAGUGCCAAUAGUAAAAUUACCAAAAGAUAUUUGCAGAACCUGAGGUCUCUCAAUCGGCAAGGAUGAUAAGAAGUUACUGACCUUUCUUGGGAUGUAGACUGAAUUCUGCUUUGGGUUUGUAGGGAUCAUUUGUGUGUUCAUCACUGCUACUGCCACCACUGCUGCUGCUACUUUCCCUUUUUUUUCUUAGGUUACUCAGGUUCAUAUACUUAGGCAUGCCUCUUUCGCCUGAACACUGUUUAGGACCCUGGUGUCAAGAGGUUGAGGAGGAUGGCAAUCAUUUUCUAUAUUUAUGUCAAUGUUCUUGGAGUUCCGGAGCAAGUUACUUUCUCCGACGAUGCUAUUUUGGUCUCAUCCCCUUUGCAUCAAAUUCCUCUUGCAAUGCUUCAGAGCCUUUUCUGGAUUACUCAGGUGGUUUGCUUCCUAUUCUGCUGCUUCUCCAUGGCUAGUAAGAUAUGAGGUUGGCUUUAAUGAGAAAAGGUGGUGGGUGAAUGAGAUUAUUUUUCUUAAUAAGCUUUGUUCUCUACAUUGGCUUAGAGCUUUGGCUGAUGGCAUCUUGUUUUUGGACUAAGAUUCUGUAGCUUUAAGGAGACUUGGUGAAGUCUCCUUUGGUAAAAUCUGUUGGGAUGUUAAUGGCCUUGCUGACUCUUUAGUGUAUAGAACUGAUAUGUUAAUGGCUUGGUGGUUAUACUCAGUCGCUCUGAUAUUUGGUGCAAGUUUUUCGGGAGGCUGUUAAAUUAUCUCCACCCUUUGGGCACCAUUGUACUAGGCCUGUUAUUAGAGCUUUUAUGGUGUGUACAUUUUUACUCUUUUGGGUGUUAUUUUAGUCCGGUGAGACUGCUUCUUAUCCGUGUCCCAGGUGUUGUAUUUUUUCUUUCAGCUUUCAGUAACAUCUAACCACAACAGAGAUGCAAAAUUGGUGUAGCAAACCAUUGUUUGAAGCAUGUUGCCCUGUCAAAUUUAUCAUCUGUUGAUUGCCAAUGGCAUACAGAAGAAUUGAACAGUUAUUUGAUAAAUAAGAUUCAAUGUUUGUAUUCU